AUGAAGCACGUGGGUAAUACUCCUUCAAAACCCACGAAGCUAUACAGAGGGAAAAAUGGGUUGCUGAGAUACAGGCUUUGGCUUGGUACCUUUGUUACAGCAGAAGAAGCUGCUUUGGCUUACGACAAAGCUGUUUAUAAGCUUCGUGGUGACUUUGCUAGGCUUAAUUUCCCGAAUUUCAAACACCAUGGAUCAUGUAUUGGCAUUGGUGGUGAGUUUGGUGAGUAUAAGCCUCUUCCUUCUUUUGUAGCCGCUAAACUUCAAGCUAUUUGUGAAGGUUUAGCUGAGAUGCAGAAACAGGGAAAGCCAGAGAAGUCUAAGAAAACACCUGCUCAGUUGAAAACUUCCUCCAAGGUGGUGCCUCCACUGGAGACGGUGGAGAUAGAGAAGUCUGUUGAUGACUUGAAGGGUCCAGGUUCAGAAGGAUUUUGUAAGGUUGAAGUUUUAGAAGUUUGUUCAUGCCUUAAUUGUGAGUUUUCGAAUGAGUUUGUUGACUUAAAGGUUCGAGUUAGGAAAAUCUGA